CAAGCUCAUUUGCUAAGUCACAAACCAACGCAAUCUGUGAAUCAGAUUCGUUGAAUACAAAUCCAACGAAUCACGUUUCAAGUUAGUGAUUGUGACGAAACAAUACCAACCGUUGGAUUCAAUUACCGUGUUUUGAAUUCUGACUACAAAAGCCUUCUCAUUCUCUCUUUCAGCAAACAAAUUCAAGUUACAACAAGGUAGCUAUGGAGAAAACACUGUUCUUGAAACUACUCACUCUUUCAGCACUUUUAUUAUGUUUCGUUACUUCAUCAUCAUCGGCAUCACCAUCAUCAAUAGAUACACUCAAACUGGUAAAUGCUUCGAAGCUUGAAAUGUUUGUUGAUGAGCUUCCACAUAUGCCAAAAAUCUAUGGCUACGACGUUGUAGAUGGCGUCCCCAAAUCAAAGUCUUUCAAGAUUGGCAUGUUCAAGAAAAAAUGGAAAUUCCACAGAGAUCUUCCACCAACAACCGUUUACGCUUACGGAUUAACCAAACAAAAAGCAAGCAUUCCUGGCCCAACAAUCGAAGCUCUCCACAGAAUCACCACCCACGUGACGUGGCAAAAUCACCUCCCUCCAAACCACAUACUUCCAUGGGACCCAACAAUCCCCACCGCCUUGACCAAAACAACCCACGGCAUCCCCACCGUGGUCCAUCUCCACGGUGGAAUCCACCACUCCGAAAGCGACGGAAACGCCAACUCAUGGUUCACCUCAAGCUUCAAAAUCAAGGGACCCACUUGGACAAACCAAACCUAUCACUAUUCAAAUAACCAACACCCUGGAAACUUAUGGUAUCACGAUCACGCUAUGGGUUUGACCAGAGUCAACCUUCUCGCUGGCUUAAUCGGGUCCUACAUCAUACGUCACCCUAACAUCGAAACCCCGUUACAAUUACCUCACGGUGACGAAUACGAUCGACCGUUGGUUCUCUUCGACCGUAGCUUCAAAACCGACGGUUCGAUUUACAUGAACUCAACCGGGAACAACCCUUCGAUUCAUCCACAGUGGCAACCGGAGUAUUUCGGCGACGCCAUUAUCGUUAACGGAAAAGCUUGGCCUCGUUUAACCGUACGACGUCGUAAAUAUAGAUUCCGUAUAAUCAACGCAAGCAACGCUAGAUUCUUUAGAUUGUUCUUCACCAACGGUCUAAGAUUGGUCCACGUGGCAUCUGAUUCUGCUUAUAUUACAAAACCAGCUGCAAGUAAUAAGACUCUCGUGGGGCCAUCUGAGAUCACAGAUUUUAUAGUUGAUUUUUCGAAAUCAAAGAGUAAUGUAGCUAUUCUAGCUAAUGAUGCACCGUAUCCUUACCCUUCCGGUGAUCCGGUUGAUGAGUUAAGUGGUAAUGUUAUGAAAUUUAUAAUCUCACCGGAUAAAGAGGUUGACACGUCACGGAUACCGAAAAAACUUGUGGAGUAUCCGGUUGCUGAUUUAUCGAGUGUAACGCAGACACGGUACAUUGCUAUGUAUGAGUAUACUAGUAAUAUUGAUGAACCCACUCAUUUGUAUCUGAAUGGGAAACCAUAUGAUGAUCCAGUUACGGAAACUCCGAAGGCUGGGUCCACUGAAGUGUGGUAUGUGAUUAAUUUGACGGAUGAUAAUCACCCGCUUCAUAUUCAUUUGGGGUUGUUUAAGGUGUUGGAUCAGACGGAGCUGGUGAAAGCGGAUGAUUUUAAGGAUUGUAUGACGAAAGUUAACGAUGCUGUGAAGUGCCACGUGGAGAAGUAUGCAAGUGGGAAGAAAGUUAAGGUGCCGAAUUAUGAGAAAGGGUGGAAGAAUGUGUUUAAGAUGAGACCUGGGUUUGUUACUAAGAUUGUUGUGAGGUUUGGUUACAUACAUACCAAUGCAUCGUAUGAGUUUGAUGCAACCUCAGGACCUGGUUACGCUUAUCAUUGUCAUAUAUUGGACCAUGAAGAUAAUGCUAUGAUGAGACCAUUGAAGAUCAUCAAGUGAGGCUUAGGAGAGCCAACAAUGGUAACAUGAAAAUGACAUACAUGUAACGUGAUGUGAUAAUCAUGAAGUUGCUUUCUUGUGACCAUUAAGAAGCUAAGCAGUUUAUAGGUGUUUCACAUCAAAAUAAUACAUAUACACGAAAUUGUAAUAGUUUGUUCAAAAUUGAGCACUUCGUUGAUUCAUAAACAUUAGCAAGGAAGUUUUUACUAUAUAGUUGAAUAAAAUAAUGUAGUGAGAUAAAAUGCAUUUGCUUUUGUGAUGAAUUUGGGACAUGGCAUAGGCAAGAAUAUGAACGGUCUUUAUGAGAACUAAUAUUCCUUAGAAUAGAUGAAUGUGAGUAUCAUUUUAUGAUGGUUAUCGGAUAAGUUUAGGAGGGUUGUCAAUCCCUCAACUGUUAUGAUUUGUUUGAUUUUAUAAAUAGUUGUCAGUUGAUAUUUAUGAUUGAUCUAUUUGAUUUU